GUAGACUAGCCUCUGAGAGCGCGCCUGUGAUAAGGCUUCUCCUGGGAGACAGAGAACUAGACAGCAGGAAGCCUCACUCCUGGUACCACUUGGUGCUCAAGCUUGCUCAGACAACAAACCAUGCACCGGCUAAUUUCCAGAUUUCGUGCCUUCUUUCGGAGGAAAGCGGACCCAGAGGAAGAGAGAGACCAGAAGCGGAGGCUCUUGCAAGCAGGGUAUCACUCCCUACCAGGGCACUCAGGGGCUCUGCAGGCUUCAGGAGCCACAGCAGAUGUGGAUGCUUACUGUGAUGGCCAUGGUGAUGACCCGUCAGCAUCUCACAUGACAAUGUCACUUGACUGUAUCACCUCUCUAAUAGAUGAUGCUGACCAUAUUAAUCACGAACUAUUUUUCUCUCUAGACAUUGUCUGUAAAGAUUUUGAACCUUAUAAGGGUGACCUGGUUGAAAUUGAGUUUUCUGAGCAGCGAGACACACAGAGCAGAAAGGCCAUCUUGAUGAAGCCUCUGAAACACCAUCAUGUAAAUGAGGUUUGUGUUACCAGAGUAGAUGGAAGAACUGGGGUGCUGGAAGACACCAUCUUUUUCACCUUGGAUUCUCUUAAACUUCCUUCUGGAUAUGUGCCUCAACCAGAUGAUAUUGUCAAUGUGGUUGCUGUGCAAAGCAUUCAGUCUCAGUAUUUGUGGAGAGCAGUCGUAAUGGCCCCAGUACAAGGAACAUAGGAACCAAGCCUUUUGUAUUUCUUCUUCAGUGUUAUUUCUAAGUGUAGUGAAGGGCCUACUUUAAUGCAAUAGUUUGAAUUAGUAAGCCAAAAUGUAUGUUAAAUAUGUUUUUACUUGAAAACACCCUGGUAAUUUUGUUGGAAGUAUGGACUCACUUUAGGAAGGUGCCUGAUCUAUUCAGAGACAUACCCAAACUGGCUUUUGUGUACAGCAAAGGAACAACACUUCAUAUUAGGUUAAAUUCUGUUUUCCAUGGUCAGGAAUGUAUUAUGUGCUGCUGGUGGCCUUGUUUGUCCUUUGAGUAACAUGCAGAGGGAGGCCAGUAAGUGAAUGUGUAUAAUUUAAAGACACAGAUGCCUUCAAUUCUGAUUCCCCUUAUGCUGUGUACAAUGCUUACUUUUUCCAUAGCACUUUUAAUUUCCCACUGCCUACUCAGUUUGUUAAAUUUAACACCAAUCUAAUAGAGCCCAUCCUUCCAUGUUAGAAUGCUAGAUUCAUACAUACAGGGUUUUUGCUUAUCCAUUAGCUUCUCAGCCAGUGUCUGAUAGUUGGAGCA